AUGCCACGAUCAGAAGAGGCAGCGUCCUGGUAUACAGCAGUCUAUCGCGCAAUUCAAGAGGUACCACACGGCAAGGUGACUUCGUACGGCCACAUCGCUUUGCUGCUAGGCUAUCCAGAACGACCGCGACAGGUCGGCAUGUGUCUAAAGUACCUGCCAUCCUCUACUGAUCAACCCAAUGCUCGAUACCACAGCGACAACGUCCCCUGGCAGAGAGUCAUUAAUUCAAAAGGAAUCAUCAGCAACAGGGGGGUCAAUGGAGCUGCAAAUCAGGAAGCUGCCUUGACUCUUGAAGGCGUCGAGGUUGAGCGUGGUAGUCUCGGCGAAAGGAGUGUGAGCUUUCUCGAGUACGGUUGGUUUCCUUCUCGCCUCCCAAGCGAGGCAGCUGAAGUCUGA